AUGAGUACUACCAGAAAUGUUAGCAAGAAAGUGGUGCCUGCCUACUUAAAUCUUCCAGAGCAACCCAAAAGGCCAGUCACUCCAUUUCUUGAAUUUUCAAAUAAAAUGCUUAAAAAUUACGCGUCUAGUAAUCUUCCACAUUCAGAAGUAAGAAAAAUUAUAAGUAGCAAAUGGAAUGAUAUUAGCGAAGAAGAAAAAAUGGCAUUAAAGGAAGAAUAUAAAAAAUCAUAUGCAAAAUACAAAGAAGAUUUACAAAAUUAUGAAAAUAGUCUAACAGAUGAACAAAAGAAAAGUAUAGAAAUAGCGGAGAAAGAGUUGAAGUUGAAUCAGGAACAAAAAAUUGUUAAAAAUUUGAGAGAAAAAAGAUCUAGAGAUCUUGAUAAACCCAAAAAACCUUUAACAUCAUUUUUUAAAUUCAAACAAGCUCAAAAAAAAAAAGAUAAUGAAUCAAUAUUGGAAUUUUCUCAAAGAAUUGGAAAAAUGUGGAAAUCUCUUUCAGACAAAGACAAAGCAGAAUUUACCAAAAAUUAUAAUAACGAAAUAAAAAAUUACAAUGAUACAUUAUUAGAAUGGGAAUACAAAAUGAUUAAAUUGGGAAACUUAGAUGUUGUCAGAUCUAUUACCCUUAAAGAUUUUUAA